AUGCCAAAUCAAGUUCUUAUUUCGAUUAAACAACGAUGGCGUUUAAUAGCUCUUAUACUCAUACCGUUAAUUCUUCUUCCAUUGCCUAUUAUUAUUAAAAAUUCACAAGCAAGAUGUGGUUAUAUUGUACUUAUUCUUUCUCUGUAUUGGAUAUUUGAAGUAAUACCAUUACCAGUUACAUCUUUAUUACCACUCAUAUUUUUUCCAAUGGCUGGUGUUUUAAAGGCUGAAGAGGUGGCACCAUUGUAUUUCAGAGAUAUAAUCGCACUUUUCUUUGGUAGUCUGGCAUUUGCUCAUGCUGUAGAAUCAGUUAAUCUACAUCGACGUAUUGCACUGUUCGUAUUGCGUCAUGUUGGUACGUCGACGAAAUGGGCUUUGGGUGGUUUGAUGGCAGUAACGGCAUUUCUUUCUAUGUGGAUUAAUAAUUCAGCAGCAGCAUCAAUUAUGUUACCUGUAUCAUUAGCUAUUAUUAAUGAACUUGAACGUCACGGAAAAGAUUAUUCUGAUAAAAAGCGAAUCAUCAAACAAACAACGUCCAUUGUACAUGAAGUCCUUGAAUUAAAUGAAACGGAAAUACAAAAUGGAGAUACAAUAAAAGAAGUUAUUCUCGAUGCAUCUCAAAUAGAAGAACAAAAAACCGAAGUUUAUGUUGAAGUAAAACAACGUUUUCGACUACCAUGGCAAAGACAAGCACAAUCGAAAGUUGAUGAAUCACAUGAAAAAAAAUAUGAAGACUUAAGAAAAGGUUUUCUUCUUGCUACAGCUUAUUCAGCAACUAUUGGCGGUUUAGCAAGUCUUGUUGGUACAGGACCAAAUAUUUUUGUCAAAGGUUUUGUCGACAAUACAUACAAAGGCACAAAUUUUAAUAUAAACUUUCUCAAUUUUCUCCUAUUUGCAUUGCCAGUGGGGAUAAUAAUGCUUAUUCUAUGUUGGUUAUGGUUACAAAUAUUAUAUAAUAGACAAGAAUUAUUUAAAUGUCGAACUGAUCCUGAGGAUCGUGAAGCGCUAGCUGAUUUAAAAGCCAUGUUAAUUAGACAAUAUAGGGAUCUGGGAAAACCAAAGUGGAGUGAAUAUACUGUUGGAAUUAUUUUUAUUAUUAUGAUUAUUUUAUGGGUGACCAGAGAAUUUGGUGAAACACACGGAUGGAAUAUUCUAUUCAAAGAAGACUAUACAAGUGAUAGUACAGUUGCAGUAUUUUGUGGUUUACUUCCAUUAAUAUUACCUAAUUCGAAUCCUUUUCAAAGAAAUUGGAAAUACGAACCAAUUGUCCAAUGGAAUGUUUUAGUAAAAAAUAUAUCAUGGGGUGUUAUAUUUCUACUUGGUGCUGGUCUUUCUGUUGCAUUAGCUUUCACUACUUCAAAAUUAUCAGACAGUGUUGCACAAGCACUUCGAUUUUUAGAUGGCAUACCACGUGCUGCUGUUAUUGUGUUAGUUAUUGUUAUUAGUGGUCUUUUUACUGAAGUAACAUCAAAUUUAAGUACAUCAAGUAUUUUUUUGCCCGUACUUGAUUCUGUGGCACGUUCAUCUUUUAUUCACCCCGCUUUUCUUAUUCUUCCAUGUACUUUAGCUGUAUCUCUUGCUUUUAUGUUACCUAUUGCCACACCACCAAAUGCAAUUAUUUUUGGUUCUGGUUGUGUCCGAGUAAUUGAUAUGAUCAAAACUGGUAUUGUAAUGAAUAUUAUUGGUUUCCUUGUUGUAUUUCUUGCUGCAACAACUUGGAUGCCAAAAAUUUAUGGUCUUGAUGAUCGAGCAACAGAGAUUUUUUUCAGUUUUAAUAGAACUACAACUCCAGGACUGUAA